AUGAUGCUGGAGCGAGAAGGCCAGCAAGAAAGCAAUUUCCGGGGACUGACAACAUUCACCAGUAGCUCGGUGCUCGAUUCUUUCAUGAGACGCUUGAAAGACUUCGAUAGCAGUCGAAAUAAAGCCAAAUACGGCUUCGGCGAGACUUACGAAGGGCGGCCAAUUAAGGGAAUCAAGAUCGGCAACCCGAUAGGACGGACCGAUAAACGCAUUGUCUGGGUGGAUGGUGGGAUGCAUGCGCGGGAAUGGGCAGCCAUUCAUACGGCGCUUUUUUUCAUCGAUCAGCUAAUUUCGCAGUACGGAAUCGACCCACAAAUUACGUCAUAUGUUGACACGCUGAAUUUUUAUAUUGUACCUGCAGCGAAUCCAGAUGGAUAUGAAUAUUCGCGAUCGGACAUAACACCCCGGACAAGAUUCUGGAGGAAGAAUCGUGGCAAGCAAGUGUGUUACAAGAAUCAGUGGCAUCGAGAGCGUUGCUGUGGUGGAGUGGAUUUGAAUCGGAACUUCGAUUUCCAUUGGGGAGAAACUGGCUCAAGCACGGACGUCUGCUCAGAAAUAUACCAAGGCAGUGGGCCUUUCAGUGAACCCGAAACGAGAGCGAUUCGAGACAAACUGUUAUCGCCGGAGAUGUUUGGUAAAGUAGACGCAUAUAUCACGCUACACACUUAUUCUCAAAUGUGGAUCCAUCCAUACAAUCACCAGCGUCAUUCAUUUCCCAGUGACAUCAACGACCUUGUGAGAAUUCAUCUACGAAUGAUGGUUGACAUUAACCAUUUAGAAUGGGACGGCUUUUUGCUGGAUCGCCGACAACUGAUACCAACCGGCCGUGAGACAUGGGCCGGCGUUCGAGUGGUCAUUGACGCUAUCAUGAAAUCCCAGAGUUCGCUGCUUUUACUUCUUACUUUUCAAAUUUACACGCUUAGGUCAGUGGCACCAGGUGUAACAAUGGGAUUGAAUACAGGUAGCGAUUCGUCUGAAAAGCAAGGAACACGAGAUGUGUUUCUCUAUUCGACACCUGAAUUCCGGACUGAACAUUCGUAUGACACGACGACGGUCGCAACUACUUCAACUUCACUCUCCACGACGCCUUCUAGGGACGCAUUUCGUAUCGAUCACUAUCGAUUUCUUGAGAAAAUCAUGUCGCGAUAUCUCGCCGUGGUGUAUGGUCUGGAUUCGGAGCAGCCCGGAUGUGUGUCGUACGUCCUCUAUUUAUAUGCGACAACAGUGUGCUUUGUCGUGCCGAUUUUGCUAGGUUUAAUCGAGGUGCUGCAGAAGCGCAAAUGCUUCCGCUAA